UCGUACACUGUUUUGAGUUUAGUCGCCAUUGAAACACGUGUUUUUAACAGCAUCACGAUGGCAGAAAUUGAAAAAGCAAAGAAGAAAAGUAAGAAGAAGUCGUUGGGAGAGUUGCAAGUAGCAAUGAAAUGUGAAAUAGAGCCAUCGGAUGCCCCAACUAAACUUGAAUGUAAAGAUUGGCCUUUACUAUUCAAGAAUUUCGAUAAAAUGUUGACUCGUACGAAACAUUUUACACCUUUGACAAGUGGUACAACACCACUUCAUCGACCUAUAGGAGAAUACAUCAAAUCAGGAUGUAUAAAUCUAGAUAAACCUUCUAAUCCAUCAUCCCAUGAAGUCGUGGCUUGGAUAAAGAGGAUUUUAAAAGUUGAAAAGACUGGACAUUCAGGUACUUUGGAUCCUAAAGUAUCAGGGUGUCUAAUAGUUUGUAUUGAUAGAGCUACUAGGCUAGCAAAGUCCCAGCAAUCUGCUGGAAAAGAAUAUAUUGCAGUAUUCAAACUCCACUCGGCUGUAGAAAAUGUUCAAAAGAUCAAACAAGCGCUGGAACGAUUACGCGGUGCGCUGUUUCAAAGGCCUCCGCUAAUUUCUGCUGUAAAGAGACAGCUUCGUGUCAGAACUGUUUAUGACAGUUGGCUCCUCGAUUAUGAUUCUGAGCGCAAUAUGGGAAUUUUCAAAGUUAAAUGUGAGGCUGGUUCCUAUGUUAGAACGAUAUGCGUUCAUUUAGGUCUUUUCCUCGGCACUGGAGCACAAAUGCAAGAGCUUCGUAGAAAUAGAUCAGGAGUUCAAAGUGAAGAAGACAAUAUGGUGACUAUGCACGAUAUUCUUGAUGCUCAAUGGCUUUAUGAAAACCAUGGAGACGAAUCUUAUUUGAGAAGGGUUAUUAAACCUCUCGAAGCUCUUCUUGUUAAUCAUAAAAGAAUUAUUAUGAAAGACAGUGCGGUGAAUGCAAUUUGUUAUGGUGCUAAAAUUAUGUUACCCGGAGUGUUGAUGUAUGAUGAUGGUAUAGAAUUGAACCAAGAGAUAGUCAUUGUAACUACCAAAGGAGAAGCUGUUGCUUUGGCCAUUGCCUUGAUGACAUCUCCAACAAUGACAGCUUGUGAUCAUGGAGUUGUGGCAAAAAUUAAGAGAGUCAUAAUGGAAAGAGAUGCGUAUCCUAGGAAAUGGGGUCUAGGACCAAAAGCAUCUAUGAAAAAACGAAUGAUCAUUGAAGGAAAAUUAGAUAAGCACGGCAAGCCUAAUGAAAAUACGCCUGCAGAUUGGCUUUCUUCCUAUGCUGAUUAUUCUGAAGUUAAGAAAGAAGAAAAUGGGAUUAAAGAAUCAGAACCACUAGCUGGAAAGAAACGUAAACAUGAAGAUAGUGAGCCAGUAACUGAGGAACCUGCUGAUGUGAGUAUUAAGCAGGAAUCCGAAGGAAUGGAUGUUGAUCUUUUAUCACCAAAGGAUAAAAAGAAGGAAAAGAAAGAGAAAAAGAAGAAGAAAGAAAAGAAAGAAGAUAGUAUCAGUGAAGCUGGACCGACAGAGACUGAAGGAGAAGCAACUGAUGUAUCUAAAAAAGAGAAAAAGAAGAAAAAGAAAAAAAGUAAAAGUGAAGAGCCUAUGUCAACCUAAUCAUCAUUCCUUCAUUGCAAUUGCUGUAAAUAGAUGCUAAGUAAUUAUGUAAGAACGUCUUAUAUCUGGAAAAAUUUUGAAAUAAUUAUAUUUUUAUGACAUUUUUGAAUAAAAAAGUUGGCAUAUGUCUCAUACAUAAAUGAAUCAUAUAGAUUGAAAGCUUUUUUUUUUAAAUUACACUUUUUGUAAUAAAUAUAUAUGAAAGAUUUAUUUGAUUUAAUGAAUAAAGAACAUUUUUCAAAGACGAUAAUAUUUUCAAUAAAAAAUGAUUUAAAAAAAGA